AUGGUUCUGCCAAGGAGAAUUUCGUUAGGAAAUAAUUAUUCAAUGUUACAAAAAACUAUGUUUGGAUGGAUGGUCAGUGGUCGUAUUUCUGGGUCUUCUUCUUCUGCAUCGAUCUGCGAUGUUCUUAGAAAUAAUGUAGAACUCGACCUGCACAAGUUUUGGGAACUAGAGGAGAUACAGCAAGGUUCGUCGGAUCAAACACUUGAAGAACAGCAAUGCGAGGAACACUUUAAUCGAUCUGUGGCAAGAUCAACUGAUGGAAGAUUCGUUGUGAAAUUACCAUUCAAAGGAGAAGACAUUUCUUUAGGCUAUUCGCAAAGAUUAACACAGCAACGUUUUUUCGCUGUAGAAAAACGUCUCAACGGAGACCCUAAAUUCAAAACAAAAUACAAUAAAUUUAUGGAAGAGUACAUCAACCUGGGGAAUAUGAGUGAGAUCAACCGAGAUGAUAUAAUCCAUCCAUGUUAUUUUUUACCUCACCAUGGAGUUCUUCGACUAGAGAACUUUUCGAUUAUAUAA